GCUAAAGAAGUGGGGUUGGACAAGAAAGUCACACGGGAUUUUAUCAUAUUCAUUCUGACAAGAAGUCCACCUCCAAGGUGAAGAAGAGACUAUUCAAAUGGGAUCCGUUUUUCUACUGUAUAUAUAUAUUCGAUCUUUGUUAAACUAUAAAUUUCCAAAAAUUCGUGGCUCCGCCUGGUCAUAUUAAUCCUGCCGUUCACCCCCGGUUCUUACGGAGGCUUGCUUCAACCAGUCACCACCACCAGUCUUCGAGUGUGAAAUGUUGAGUCGGCUUUGAGAUCUUCCACACAAUGUAAUAUUUUCCGCUCCUGCUCUAUUACUUCACCCUGGUAUCUGUUUUUCUCAAAAGUAUGCGGAUGAGUGGCUGCAGUCCCCAUGUCUCGUAUGUGUUAUGUACUCUCAACUGUAGAAAGAUGUAAAGGCGUAUGGGAGCUGAAGCAGGCCCACUCCCUGCCGGUGACUUGGGGCCUCUGCGGCAACCGUCUGGCCAUCAGCAGUUCGCUGGACUCCUCUUCACGCCCUACUCUUGGUGGGAGCAUGAGCAUCUGCUGGGCACGUCCAAUCGUUAGCCAAAUGGACAACCCCAUGGUCUGUCAAUUCAACUCCAAGAUCAAGUCUCUUGUAUCCAUGCACGCGUAUGAAGACGCCUUAAAAGUUUAUGGUAGUAUGCUUCGUGAAGGGCUGCAGCCUGAUAAUUACACCUUUCCUUGCAUCCUGAAGGCCAUUGUUGGGCUUCAAGAUCAAGUUUUGGGCCAAAAGAUUCAUGCCCAGGUUGUGAAGUUGGGUCUUGGGGUCGAUAUUUAUACUUGCAAUACUUUGAUCGUCAUGUAUGCCUCUUUUAAUGGCUGGACUGAACAAGCACGCCAACUUUUCGACGAAAUGCCUCGGAGAAGUACCGUGUCUUGGACGGUCAUGAUUACAGGGUAUUCUAAGGUGGGUGAGGUUCACGCGGCACGCUUGAUCUUCGAUGAGGCCAAUGGGAAAGAUGUGGUGUUGUGGGGUGCCAUGAUUUCGUGUUACGUUCAUAACAGUUGCUUCAAGGAAGCUCUGCAACUGUUUCGAUCAAUGCAGGAAUCGGGGACGGAGCCAGAUGAGGCAGUAUUAGUGAGCGUUCUUGUUGCUUGUGCUCACUUGGGUGCGUUAGAUUUGGGUAGGUGGAUCCAUGGUUACGUGGGUAGAAAAGGAAUGAAGCUAAGCAUUCGGCUUGGUACUGCACUGUUGGACAUGUAUGGCAAAUGCGGAUCCUUGGACGCUUCUCAAAGAGUUUUUGAAGACAUGCCUCAAAGAGAUGUUGUCUGUUGGAACUCGAUGAUUAUGGCUCUCGCAGUGCACGGGGACGCUGAUGGUGCACUGAAGCUGUUUGCACGGAUGGAGGAGUAUGUGCUCAGGCCUGAUGACAUCACCUUCGUUGCUGUUUUAACUGCCUGUAGCCAUGGCGGCUUGGUCGACGAAGGUAGGCGGCAGUUCGAGCGUAUGAGCAGAAUAUAUGGAAUUCAGCAUAAAACAGAACAUUACACAUGCAUGGUGGACGUCCUUAGCCGUGCAGGUUUUGUUGAUGAAGCUCGGAAACUGCUACAAAGCAUUCCCGUGUGUAACACGGGGGAAGCAUUGGCUUGGAGGGCCUUGCUGAGUGCUUCUUGGCAUUACCGGAACGUUGAAUCAGCAGAAUUUGCAGCAGAGCGCCUGUUACAGUUAGAGCCUCACAGUGGUGUGUAUAGUCUUCUCUCAAACAUCUACGCUGCGACUGGGAAGUUUGAUGAGUCUCAGAAAAUCAAGAAACUGAUGAAGGAGAGAGGGGUUCAGAAAACACCUGGCUGCAGUUCUAUUGUACUCGAUGGGUUCGUUCAUGAAUUUGUUGCUGGUGAGAAAGCACACCCAGAGAUUGAGGAGAUAUACACAAAGUGGGAGGACAUUAAGAAAGAACUGAUGGUAUUUGGCUACAAAGCUGACGUUUCAAGUGUUACCUUUGAUUUGGAAGAGGAGGAGAAGGAAUAUUCAGUGCAUCAUCACAGUGAGAAACUGGCCAUAGCGUAUGCCUUUAUGAAAUUGGAACCUGAUAUCCCUAUUCGGGUGAUGAAAAAUCUUCGUGUUUGUAGGGAUUGUCAUAAUGUAAUAAAACUCAUUACUAGAGUAUUCAACAGGCAAAUCAUUGUGCGGGAUCGAAGCAGAUUCCAUCACUUCAGUGGUGGAUCAUGUUCUUGCCAUGAUUAUUGGUGAGGAAAGCUUAUGGAGAGUAGGCUAUCGUCCGAACUGUACAAAAUUUGCUAGUGUUGAUAAAAUUCCAUCCAUUUUAUGGCGUCGGAUGCAUCGGUCGAUGAUGGGCUGCCAAAGCCCUUUUUCACUACUUUAUACUAUAAA